GCUUCCGCUCCGACGCUAGCGGCUCUGGUCCACUGUUUCGGUGUUUCUGGGCUGCGCAUGCGCUCGCCCCGCCCUCCGCCUCCAGUUCUUGGGUUGGUGGGUUUGGGUCACGUGGAUGCGCCUCGCCUCUUCCUCGCGGCAGGGGGCCCGCCCGCGGGCUGGUUUCCGGUCUGGUGGGUCGGAGAUGACAGAGCCGGGCGCCUCUCCGGACGACCCCUGGGUCAAGGCAAGCCCCGCGGGCGCGCACGCCGGCGAGGGGAGGGCGGGUCGGGCUCGUGCACGUGGGGGGGCCGGAAAACGAGGGGAUUCCUUGCAGUCCCUAAAGGUCCCCCCGCCCUCCGGGCCCCGGGGCUGCAGAGAAGACAGCUCUCACCCCGCGCGUGCCAAGGUGGAAUACGCCUACAGCGACAACAGUCUGGACCCCGGGCUUUUUGUAGAAAGUACCCGAAAGGGGAGUGUAGUGUCCAGAGCUAAUAGCAUCGGUUCCACCAGUGCCUCUUCCGUCCCCAAUACAGAUGACGAGGACAGCGAUUACCACCAGGAGUCCUAUAAGGAGUCCUACAAGGACCGGCGGCGGCGAGCACACACGCAGGCCGAGCAGAAGAGGAGAGACGCCAUCAAGAGAGGCUAUGAUGACCUUCAGACAAUCGUCCCCACUUGCCAGCAGCAGGACUUCUCCAUUGGUUCCCAAAAGCUCAGCAAAGCCAUCGUUCUACAGAAGACCAUUGACUACAUCCAGUUUUUGCACAAGGAGAAGAAAAAGCAGGAGGAGGAAGUGUCCAUGCUACGCAAGGAUGUCACAGCCCUGAAGAUCAUGAAAGUGAACUACGAGCAGAUUGUGAAGGCACACCAGGACAACCCCCAUGAGGGGGAAGACCAGGUCUCUGACCAGGUCAAGUUCAAUGUGUUUCAAGGCAUCAUGGACUCCCUGUUCCAGUCCUUCAAUGCCUCCAUCUCCGUGGCCAGCUUCCAGGAGCUGUCAGCCUGUGUCUUCAGCUGGAUUGAGGAGCACUGUAAGCCUCAGACCCUCCGGGAGAUCGUGAUUGGUGUCCUGCACCAGCUGAAGAACCAGCUGUACUGACCGGCGCCCCGAACCCACAGAAGAGCCAGCGAGAGGCCCGAGUCUCCUGCUUGGCCAAAGAGCCGCUGGCCUUCUGAGAUCAGACUCGAUGCUCCACACAGGUCUGCUGGCUCCCGGCAUUUGGUUCCCCGACACCCCUCAUCCUCAGUGGGGCUGGGGUGUUUGUUUUGUGAAAGCUUUAAUUUAUUAUAAUGACCACAAAACUCGAGCCUCUGGUCUUUCCCCCCUUCCUGUAAAAAUCCUCAGGGUGGGGGUCUGCUCUGGGCAUCCCCAAGAGCUCCCGUCCUCUCCCCUUCUAAGCCUCAGACUUUUGCUCCAGAUCUACACAUAUCUGGGAGCUACUGUUUGCAUUUGGUUUGGUCUCUUGGGCCAGAUUUGGGCAACACCUGGCCCAAGUUUGGCCAUUUUGGCAGAGUUGGACAGAAAGAAAGGAACAUGAGGAAAUACUCUCACAGCCAUGAAGUGUGACAGGCUGCCUAGUACCUGGGCUAGGGCUCCCUGGUGGGCCCCAGGUGGGCCCCAGGCUCUGCUGGCCAGCUCUGGGCAGGGCUGCCAGGAUCCUGCCCUCACCUGCUACUCCAUCGCCUCUCUUAUCCUGCUCUGGGUGCUAGAGGGAAGCGGCCUUCCUGUGUGCUCCUGCUCCCUCUGUGCCCACAGGCAGGAGCACAGCACAGAGAAGUCAAGUGUGACACACAGCACUACGUAGUAAUAGUUUUUUUUUGUUUUUUUUUUUUAAUUUUCUAAAUAAACACCAACAGUGCAAUUUUGCUAAACUUACAAUUUUGGAAAACAAACUGGGCCUCAGAACCACUCCCACCCUUCCUGUCAAGUGUGUCUGGGUCUCUGUCCCCGUGCUGCCUGCAUCUCUCCCAGGACUUGGGGUCAGGGUGAAGGGGUAGAGAAGGUAUUUAAAGGCCUCCUGGGGUACAGAGCUCCAAGAAGUCCUGGGUAAGGCCUUGGGCUCCUUGAAUGCCAGAGUUUCCUGUCUCUACUCUGUAGCCUUCUGCAGGGUUGACAUCUGGGAGGUUUGGUUAUCCAGAGGAAAUUUAAGUAUUUUUAUAUCAAAUUAUAUUACAAUAAAUACUACCAAAUGCUUUCUUUUAGCGUUGUUUCCAGUUGGAGCGUUCAGUUCAAGCAACUGGAAUGUAGCCAGGAAAACGAACCUGAGCCUGACCAUGGGCUGUGGGCUCGCUCACUCCCCACGCCCCAUACUCUGGCUCCUGCCCCUCUCCCAGCUGCUCUGCCCAAAGACAGCAGCAGGAACAAACACAGAAGCCAACCUGGAGGAGCCAACCAGUGCCGGACUUCUCUUUCCAUCCCCCCCCGGAUCCUGCCGGGGGACCCCUCAAGGGUCUGGGAGCUUCACGUUGUGAUCCUCAUCUGUCUCUAUCCCGACUUCCUC